GCUCCUUCUCCUUCAGAGCUGCUUCAUCUGUGGAGCUUGUGAGGUUCAAAGCUGAGCUUUGGUGGCAGUUGGGCCUCGUAGUUUCCUUUUGUCUGGAUGUUUUUGCACUGCAACAUGCGGAAGCCUGAGAAAAAUCUGUUAUGGACCCUGCUGGCUGCAGUUUUUGUCUUGGGUCAAGCCUGGCCUAAUGUGAAGCUCAGUUCUCAGCCAACAGACAGUGGUUUAAGGACUGAUUGUGCUGCUAAUGUGAUGAGGCUUUCUUUGGAUAAGGCUCUUGCAGUUGGAAACCAACUUGAAGUAGAAGCUAUAAAUGGCUCCAGGCUUAUUAUGGUGACACCCAGGCUUGCUGCUCAGUGUGGCUACAGUAUGGAGUCUGACCCAUGGGGCAAUACCAGAAUCUACACAUCUCUGUUGGGUUGCUAUGUGGAUAACAAGGAUGACAUGACCUUCACUGUUGGCUUGAAACUGAAAAUAUUCCAUAGCAGUCCAGCUGAUCCAAUUAGUCACGAUGUGUCACAGACUUGCAGCUACACUCGUUGGGCCCCUAGAGAGAUCCUCUGUGAAAGAAACUACAUGGAAGUGUCUACUUACUUGGCCAAACGUCCCCAAGCUAAAACCAAGGGCCAAGAGAAGGAUGACUCUCAAAUCAACUCUAUUCCUGCUGCCUCAAACGAAGAGAGUGGAAUCUGGAAGAUGACCUUCUUCACUCCUGAAGCUGUGUCCAUGGUGCUGCAAGAAGCUGAACAAGCUGGCUACAGUGCCAUUACUACCCCCACUCGUCUGGUUGUGCGAAGCCCCUACCAUACAGCAGAGACCCACUCCGAGGAUGUGGCUGGAAUCCCAAUGGAAGUCCUGAAAGUGAGCGUUUACCAGAAGACGCAGCAUGGACUCAAUGUUGUCAACUUGGCAGCUGCAUGCCCCACAGGUGGUGUCCUGUUCACUGAGGACCUCAUCUCUUGGCACUUGCCUCGCCGUGUGACUCCUCUUCUGGAUGGCAAAGUUAAAACUGUAGAAAUGUUCAUGGGAAUCAAUGGUCUGAGGCUGGAUAAAGCUCAGAUGGCUGCAAGGAAGUACUCGUUGACUACAACAGAUUUUCAUAUUGUUGUGGAUAUCCCAGUUGGCUCACCUGAUGGCUACUAUAAGAGCCAUGCCCCAGACUUCCUGUACCAUAUCACUUAUUCUGUUGAGCCCAUGCUUGAGAUGCUGUGGAGGGCUGAUGACACUCAAGAUGACACUAGGUACAAGGUUUUGUUUCCCAUCACAACUCCACCAAUGCCUCGCCCUCCAUUCACCGAAGAUCGUACUAUCCCAGAAGAGAGGUAUUUCACCGCUUAUGUGGGAACCUUCCUUCAUGAUGUGCAGCUGAUAAACAUCACUCUUCCUAAUGGCGUCUUCACUGUCGAGGAGAGCAAUGCCAGAGGUUUCCUUAUCCAGCAGCACCUUAUUUCAAAUGGUUCAAUGGUGUUCUCUAUUCAAGUGCCCUUUGAUUCUGAUGCUGUCCUGAAGCAUAACCCAGAGCCCUUGACAACAACGUACACACUGCCUGCAGUCUUUGGCUUUGUCAUCCUACCUGAGGAAAUGACAUUUGCCCACACUCUACAAUUGGAAGCAUCUCUUAAGGACGUUGUGCUGCCCACACUUUCUGGCACCUGUGACCAUGACCAGUUUCAGAUCACUGUGAAAUAUGGCAGCCAAGGAAAUAAAUUCCAGACCCUGGCUGGAACACGCAUCUUGACACCUGAACUUGCUGAAGCCUACCAGUUUCAAGACAACGCCACACAUUUCACCAUUAAAGUUCCAUAUGCUGCUGAAGAUGUAGUGUUUGAGGUGAUAACCACUGACUCAAUCAGAGCCAGACUUGACAUGCUGCUGUGGGACUCUAACAACAACUGGGUGCUCGCUGAUCUCUACCUGGCUUGCUACUUCCCCUUGACAACUACUAGGUGCUACUCCAAUGGUACAAUCACUGCUCUGGCUGUGAAAGUGAGCUCUGUGCCUAACCUCAACCCAAGUUGGCUAACUCUGAAGGACCCAUCUUGUACACCAGCCUCCAGCAACGAUCGCUUUGCCCAUUUCACUUUCAGUGCUGAUUCUUGUGGAACAACCAGAACUUUCUUUAACAACUACAUGUUGUACGAGAACGACAUUGCCCUGUAUUACACUCGUGAAAGGGGACAACCACGCACUUCUCCAAUUGACCCUGAAUACAGGCAAACCAUCUCCUGCUACUACAUGGUUAAUGACACUCAGAGUAUUGCAUUUGCUGCCAAACCAAGGCUGUAUGAGCCAAAAGCAGAGGUCGGCUCCGGACUGAUGGUCGUGCAGAUGAGGCUUGCAACAGACUCCUCAUACAAACAGUUUUAUGGUGCUGAAGACUACCCAGUAGAAGCACAUCUGAGGCAGCCUCUGUACUUUGAAGUGGAACUCGUCUCAACAGACUCUCAUUUGGAGCUCAUGUUGGAAAACUGCUGGGCAAAUCUUCAGGAAGACAGAACAGCUCUCCCCAGUUGGGACAUCAUUGUCAAUGGAUGUGAAAACCCUGACGAUGCCUACAUCACAGCCUUCCAUCCUGUUGAAAUGGAUACCAGAGUCUCAGUUCCUUCCCAUGCCAAGCACUUCUCCAUGAAGAUGUUCACCUUCCUUGAAGAUCAAAAGGUUUUGAAACAUGAGAUCUAUGUCCACUGCAACGUGGUGAUUUGUGACAGAACCAGCCCAGCUGAAGGUAUCUGCCAAGGCCAAUGUUCUGGCAUCUCAACUAAAACAAAGAUGUCUCAUCACGGAAUGAAAAGGGCACAACAAACUCCAACCCACCAAAAGCAGAUCUCCUCUGGACCUAUUGCAUUGAAUCGUUUUCAAUAGUCGUUUCAAUAAAGUUUCUUAAAUUA